AGAAACCGAGAAAAUAGAUGUUAUUUAAUAUUGUUUUAAAUAUAUUUUCUCUGAAUAACGCCAUUAUUAACUAAUAAGUAACUAUAAUUUAUACUUCCCUAAAUAUUUACAUUAUUAAUUAAGUGCUUCGUUUAACAGUUUUCGUCGUGGAUUCCAAAACAAGCGUAUUGGAGAUGUGUACGGAGACGUGGCGAGGCGCGGGCGUGGCGCGAUCGCCGUCACACGAAUCUGUAACAACAGAUUUAUCGUUGUUCAGUGUGUCGUCAGCUGCCUCAGAUGCCAGAGUGCUACGUAUGCUGGCAUGCAAGGCGGGCCAAGGCCCAGAUCCGUCCAUCAGAGUGGCAAGUCCUAAUCCAGAUGGCAAAGCUUCUAAAAGAUCAUCAGCAACACUGCCACUGGCAUCUGGUGAGAGUGGGGAUGCAUGUCGCGAGGUGUUGGCUGGUUGUGCAGCAUUGUGCGCACAGCUCGGUCUACGUCGCUCAUUCAGUGCGGCUGAUGUAUGUCAAGUGCACAACCCACCACCACCCAGGAGCGCUACUUCGGAGGUAGGUUUGUGCGCUGCUCUGGAGGCUCUCACAAUGAACGCAGCAUCUCGUUCUUGCAGCACUUGGGUCGCCGUGGGCGGAUCUCAACUGCCGUCUCCGCAGCGAGCUCACCCAUCACAUCUCACACCGCGCCCUCAGCCCAGCGAUAAUAAAAAAGUACGUCAGAACUACAUAAAGAAACGUCUACUGACUACUUACCGGGCGUUAGAAAGAAUGUCUCAGUCCGAAUUCAAUUUGGAUAGACUCGAGCAAGCGGCCGCAGCAUCAGCUGCUGGACGCAACACAGGCAACAGUCUGGCUGCACCAACUGUUAGACCUAACACACGUCUACUGCAUCCUGAGACGGCACAUCUGGUGCUGACUGCUGCGGACUUGGAGCGCGAACGUGGACGUCCACUGUCCAAAUACGAGCGUAAUAUGAUGAUUUUCAACUGGCUGCAUACCCUAGAUGAAGGAGCACCUUUCUAGAUCUAUUUGGGUAGCCAAUAACUAGAUUGAUUACCUUACAUCUUGAUAUCAACUGGAAUAAGGUGUUAACUGUGUAGUUUACCUUAAGCUUCUAAAUCGACAUCCCACCAACUAUAAGAUUACCUUUUCUGUCAAAUAUGUUAACUAAGUGUUGGAAUAAGUU